UGGUGGGGAGCUCUUUGAAGACAUUGUGGCGAGAGAGUACUACAGUGAGGCUGAUGCCAGUCAUUGCAUCCAGCAGAUCCUGGAGGCCGUUCUCCACUGUCACCAGAUGGGGGUUGUUCACAGAGACCUCAAACCGGAGAACCUGCUCCUGGCCAGCAAGUGCAAGGGGGCCGCCGUGAAGCUGGCGGACUUUGGCCUGGCCAUUGAGGUGCAGGGGGACCAGCAGGCGUGGUUCGGGUUCGCCGGCACGCCGGGCUACUUGUCCCCUGAGGUCCUGCGCAAGGAAGCAUAUGGCAAGCCUGUGGACAUCUGGGCAUGUGGGGUGAUCCUGUACAUCCUGCUGGUGGGCUACCCGCCCUUCUGGGACGAGGAUCAGCACAAGCUGUACCAGCAGAUCAAAGCCGGGGCCUAUGACUUUCCAUCCCCUGAGUGGGACACCGUCACUCCUGAAGCCAAAAACCUCAUCAACCAGAUGCUGACCAUUAACCCUGCCAAGCGCAUCACUGCCCAUGAGGCCUUGAAGCACCCCUGGGUCUGCCAACGCUCCACAGUGGCCUCCAUGAUGCACAGACAGGAGACUGUGGAGUGUCUGAAGAAGUUCAACGCCAGGAGGAAGCUCAAGGGGGCCAUCCUCACCACCAUGCUGGCCACACGGAAUUUCUCAGUGGGCAGACAGACCACCGCUCCAGCCACAAUGUCCACUCCGGCCUCCGGCACCACCAUGGGGCUGGUGGAACAAGCCAAGAGCUUGCUCAACAAGAAGGCAGACGGAGUCAAGCCGCAGACAAAUAGCACCAAAAACAGUGCGGUCACCAGCCCCAAAGGGACUCUUCCUCCAGCUGCCCUGGAGCCUCAAACCACCGUUAUCCACAACCCAGUGGACGGGACUAAGGAGUCUUCUGACAGCACCAACACCACCAUAGAGGACGAGGACGCCAAAGCCCGGAAGCAGGAGAUCAUUAAGACCACGGAGCAGCUCAUUGAGGCCGUCAACAGUGGUGACUUCGAGGCCUAUGCGAAAAUAUGCGACCCGGGCCUGACCUCAUUUGAGCCCGAAGCUCUAGGAAACCUGGUUGAAGGAAUGGAUUUCCACAGAUUCUACUUUGAGAACCUGCUGGCCAAGAACAGCAAGCCGAUCCACACGACUAUACUGAACCCACAUGUGCACGUCAUUGGCGAGGACGCGGCCUGCAUUGCCUACAUCCGGCUCACACAGUACAUCGAUGGCCAGGGCCGGCCCCGCACCAGCCAGUCUGAGGAGACGCGUGUGUGGCACCGCCGUGACGGCAAGUGGCAGAAUGUGCACUUCCACUGCUCUGGUGCGCCCGUGGCCCCGCUGCAGUGAAGCUGCGGCCUGGUUUCACCGGACAGAGUUGGUGUUUGGAGCCUGGCCGCCCUCGGCGCACGGCCUGCCUGUCGCAUGUUUGUGUCUGCCUCGUCCCCUCCCCUGGUGCCUGUGUCUGCAGAAAUCAAGACCAGAUGUGAAUUGUUUCUAAAACAAGUCGACAACGAAACAAAAACUUGACAUCAGAAAAGAAAAAAACUAGAGAGGAAAAAGCUGUAACAUCAGUGGCAUCUGUGGGGCUGCUACCCACCCGAGCUCCACGUGUGUCUGUCCGAGCUCCUGGCCUCUGGGGCUGAGCCGGGGCACUGUGCCCCCAGGCCCCACCGCGCGCUGAAUGGUGUUAGUCUGUAGGUAAUGCACACACUCCACCCCUCAGGCGUCCGCAUCCUCCCACAACGCAUGGGCUCGCGUGGUGUGCUCGCCGUGGCUGUCGUGACCUCAGGUGUCCUUGAGGAGGGCUGUGGGCCUCCGGGCUGCCCCCUUCCCCGCUAGUCGUGCCUGAGAGUCGCUGUCGUUCCCACUUCCCCCCUUCUUCCCAUCCCCUGCACCCAGUGUGGGCAGCUGUAGCAGAGCCCAGGUCAGCCUUGCCCCAGGGAGCAUCACAGGGACCAGGGUCCUGCCACUGAGGCCAUCAAAGUCCCCGGGCUGGGCUCCAGCUCUGGUCCUUCUGGGGAGCAAGGUGCAGAGAGGGGCUUCAGGCCCCAUGCCUGGUCAGAGGUGGCCAGAGGACACCAUGGCACAGCUUCAAUAGGCCCACCAUGAGGUGGCCCUCCUUGGGGCUGCCAUCCCUUCCUAUUGGCCAGCAGCGACAUGCAGGCAGUAUGCAGCCAGGAGUAAGCUAACCAGGUCUUGGCCCAGGUAUCUGAGUCCCUGUGACUGGAAGGAAAGAGGCCAGGCUGCAUAUCUGCUGAUGAGUUUGGGGGACUGAGGCCUCAAGCCAGAGUGGGUGAUAUGACAGGUGGCAAAGAGGGAUUUAAGGGCAAGUGACUGCAGUAGUAGGAGUGCUUUCAAGUGUGGACCAGGAGGGAGUGAAAGCUGAAGAAGGUGAAUCUCUGUCCAUUUCAGCUAUGGACUGGUUUCACCGAACAGAGUUGGUGGUGUUGGGAGUGAAAGGAGGGAGUGAUUUUCCAGCCUGAGGUGCUCGGGAGGUGUGAGGAUGGCCCCCUUGGGCAUGUCAGGGGCACUAGGGUGCUUCAGGGUGGAGGGGAGGCCGACAGGGACUGGGUGCUAUUGAGUACCACUGCCUGGGCUCACUGCGGAGGUUCCUGCUUGGCCCUUUAUGGCGGUAGGCACCUUGAAGGGGUAAGCACAGGAGCCCAAGGGUGGUUGGGUAUAGGGGCGGGUCUCACAGGGGUGGGUGGGGGCUUCAGAGCCUCCUGGGCAGAGGUUCGGGCCCCCACCUCCAAUUCACAUCGUUUUCAACAAGGAUUUUCUUUAUCUUCUCCCCAAAACCAAGCUAAGGGAGGGUACAGGAUGGGGGCAAGACACAAGACCCUAUACUCCACGGACACCGAGAGUGGACACCACCUCCUGUCCACGCUGUGUCAGGACAGCUGCCCCACCAGGGACACAGGGUAAAUAUCUGCCAGGAUCUGUAUGAGCCGCUCCUGGCCAGACAGCGUGUGGCCCUGUGGCCGGCCCCCCUGAUGUCCAGGGCCUCCUCCUCCCCCCUGCCCCUCUCCCCAUCAACUCCAUGGAGCUGCC